AUGGGUGCCGCACCGAGCACCGAGGUUCUUCGCGCGGCGCCGUUUUGUCCGACGCGCAGUGGGGCUGGUCGUGUCCUCGCGUUGAUCCCCGUGACGGAAGAGUUCUUCCCCUCGCCCGAUGUCCCACUGUUCGUGCAGUUCUAUGAGGCCCGCACCGACCCGUACGUGCGUUACUACCUGCGCAACCACUGCUUCUAUCCCCACAACACCAGUUUAGGCGGCAACAGUGCCGACGAGAACGACACGAACGGCGUGCGGCUUGACCAAAUUCCCCCCGCCAUGUGCACCAGGAAGGAGUACUACGACUGGUGUAUGUCAGCUGUGGGGAGGAAUCGCCGCUACCACACCAACGCAGAGUUGCUGCAAGACUACAAUGCAGUGCCGUCACGACGGCACUUGAUACGCCCUGUUCCCUGCGCUGUUGUGUUUCAGUACGACGAUGAAUACAACGCGCCGGAGGGGUGUGUGUCGCUUGGGGACAAGGUCGUUCGCGUCAUCGGCGGUAUCGGCUGCCUGGAGAACUCGCCCGAAAGCACCAGCGGUGGCGGCGGCAGUAACCAAGACGAGGCGGAGUUGACAUUGGAAUUGACGAUGUUCGUUCGCAAGUCUGCAGGAGACCAUAACAUGGUGCGUGUGAUGCUGCUUUCGGCGUGGCUUCUCCACGAGCACUGCGUGAAGAUAUGCGGUCUGCCAUGUGUCCCAUUGCUGUCUGUGACGUUGCGUGGGCUGAAGACAAACAUCCCGUUUCUCUGCUUCCUGCGUGAGAUGCGGUACCGUGUGGGGCUCCUGCAAGGCAACACGGCCAAGCACUGCACGUGGAUCGACGGCGCCUUCAUAUGCAGCUGCUUCACCGCCUCACACGCGUCGGAAUUGUGUGAGGCCUUUGCUCAUCACUACCAGCUGCUGCUGAAUGCCAAGUCACGCGUGAAAAUGGACACUGCACUGUUACCGGUAGCGAAUCGCCUGCAACCCGCGCAGGACGGCGGCGAUGUGAGCGUUAGCGCUGACAUGGAGGACACAGUGUCUUUCACCCGCAUGCCUAGCAGCGGACGCUUUAAAAAACAGUCCUUCACGCUACGUGGUGUCAUUGAUACAGCGAACACUGUCAUCCCCGAAAUGGGCCGCGGUACGGAAGAUGUGUACCUCGUCUGCACUGACGCAACUGUGCGUAUCGAACGCAGCGAGGAUGGCACCGUCAGCAAGGAUAGCCUUGACCACGACGGUGGUGAGGCGAUGGUUCUUCAGGCCGCGCCACUCAAAGUAAAGCGUGGGGAUGUUCUUCGCUUCUUCCCCGACGAUGCGGCGGCGCGGCAGCCGUCGAACAGCCACUGCAUGACAGAUACCAUCACCACUCCGCUCGGGUGUGACAAAACCUUUGGCAAGGACACCACCUGCGAGGGAGAACUCAGGCGUGGCACGUGGAUAGUGGACACAACCGUCAACUUGGAAAACGUCCUCCUGGCGCUCGUCCACGAUGAGUGCAAGAACGCGCGGGAGGCCCCUGCCAGUGACCCGCACUGGCUACGCUGCAAGGAGACAGGUGACCUUGUGUGCGACGGCAAUUUUUAUAUUUGGUACUUCGAGCGUGGGGGCGUGACGUACUACUACGGCACUCUGCCGAAGUUCGCGAACAGGUUAAAAAAACGCCACGACACACAGAGGCGUCGUCCUCCCAUCACUGCCACACUGACGAGUGAUGCAGCAACAGCAGAAGCAGCAUCAGCAGCAGUAGCAGCGACUUCGAGAUGCGAUGAAGCGGCCCAAUUCCCUGCGACGACAGACGCACUGCAGAAUGAGCUGCGGCCUCAAGGGGGGCCUUUGAUGGGCCACAAGGAUCUCUUUGAAAAGCAAGGCGAUACCGCUGCUCAACAGUUUCCGGCCAUCGUGGGCAAUGUGAGCCAUACAACACCUUUUUUUGACCACACUGCACUACCUUCAGUCGACGUGAUGCAACAACAUUACACAGAGGGAUCGCGCUUCAUGCUUGUGCAACCUGCAAUGCCCUACAACUCCGUCUCCGGUGGGUCGGCGGGUGCACCUUUCACGGCGGCUCAAAUGCCAUAUUAUCAGAGCGGCAUCAACAACUGUGCAGUGUACCCUUCCACGACCUCAUCGCUGCUGCACUGCAUGCAGCCUGUGCACCCACUGCAGCUACAGUGCCUAUCGCCGAUGCAGCCGAUGCAGUACGUACCAUGGAUGCAGCCUCUACAACAGACACCGGCGGCUAUGUACGCCUAUUUUAACCCUGCAGCGCCGCAGACACAACCACAGCAGCUGCAGCCUGUGCCGUUCAUGCAUCUGCGGCCCCCGGCAGCGGCAUAG